CGUUGGUCAUCCAUCUCGACAUUCCGGUCUGCUACGUGAAUGAUGCGCUCAAUGGAGAUUGCCUCAUGAUGUGAACGCACGUGAGUCACGCACGUGACCUUAAUUUUGCCAUACACACCACCGCCACUGAUGGGUUCUCGUACCUGAGGGGCAUGUAGUAAGAAUGGCGACCACACUCAACGUCGCUUCGACGUCAAGGGACGACAAUGUCCACCAUUGGGGCCGCAUCCCGUCGCCCUGUCGAUCUGAUACUUGACUUCGAUGGCACACUCACAACAUCGGACACGACGACAACGCUCGCACAGAUAAGCGAACAGUCUCGUAAAUGCUGGCAACAUGUUCUCGAUGGUUGGCUGGUCGAUUCAAGGCAGUUCAAGCAAGUUCCGUAUGAUUGGAGUAACCGCGGGCACGAGGAGUACUCCCGUUGGCUGGAUUCGCACCGACCCCUAGAGAUGGCGAGUGUACGUCGUGCUCAAGACUGUGACAUGUUCAAGGGCGUGACGAUUGAGCAUAUGAGGGCCGUGAUUAAUGCCUCGUUGAAGAACGGAGAGAUACGCAUGCGAGACGGCUGGCAAGCGUUGUUUCGUUUGGUGAAAGAUUCUCAUGUUGUCGGAAGUCAGGUCCGCAUCCUGAGUGCCAACUGGAGUGAGACAUUUGUUCGAACCGUUCUUUGCACCGCUGUACAGCAGAAUGCAAUAUCGUCGUCCGGAGACGCAGAGACUGUAUUGCAUCAGUAUCUUAACGACAUCGAAAUUUUUGCGAAUGAGAUCCAUGGUCUAGGCUCGCCUGCUGGAAGUUCAGGACGCCUCGUUCGUCCCUUUGAUCUUGGCAUUCGAACGAGCGGUGAUAAGGUCAAGUACAUGCAGCACAUGACGAGUCGAGCUGCUGAGCACUCGGCAGGACACAGCGACACGGACAGGCCGCUGAUUGUAUAUGUUGGCGAUUCUGCAACCGACUAUGGCGCUCUUUGCCAAGCUGAUUUAGGUAUAUGGCUUUGUGACAUUCCGGAACAGGAAUUAGGCGCCAAAUUCAGCAAGGCAUUUGCCCCGCUCAGAACAGAUUUACCUCUGUCUCUUGCAAAUUUGGGUGUCACUGAAUUCAUCGAGUCGCGGAAAGAAGCCAACGCUUCGGCUUCGAAGUUCUAUUGGAGCAGGGACCUGCCCACGAUAGUAGCCUUCCUUCAAAAGUAUGACGCUUUUCGUGGAGGCAUCAAAUCGACAUGAAUCGCAUAGCAUAUGACUAGGGCCGCGGCCACUUUCUCCCCUCUCAUCGAGUGUCAUGGCCGCAUCUAAACUUUUGAUGUCCCUACGACAAAUUUGCAAACUCCUUAACGCCUACGCUAAACUGGUGAUCAUCCUAU